UUCGUCAACGUGAUCGCGGGACUGCUCCCGCGUAUCUGUCGGCCAGCUGUUGCAAACGCCACGGAAGGUUUUCCCCGCGUUGCUGCACGGUGCCCUCCACGUGUUAAAUACGUCGCUUAACUUUUUCCACGUUUCCGCAGAUCAUUAAGCUAAUACGACAACGAGACAUAAAUACAAAGAAUGCGACUGAUGUGACGAAUAUUAAGUCCCACUUGUUUGUUUUAUCUUCGCGCACUUUCGAUUUAAUCUUGGUUUAAUUCACGUUUGUCCCUUUCUAGAGUAACAGUCGGGAAGAGACAAAAAACGAAUUAAGCCGAGCUUGAAGCUUGGUCGGUUUCAUGUUCCACGUUUCCUCAGAUCGUCAUUAAGAUAAUGCAGCGACAGAACGUGAAUACAAAGAAUGCAACUGAUGUGGCGAAUAUAAAGCUCUAUUUGUUCGUUUUAUUUUAGCGCACUUUGGAUCGACGCAAUUGAAGGAUUCGGAGCGAUUGAACGUCUUCGCCGAGUUCGCACUGAGCUAGUUGGAUGUUACAGCUGCGACGCUGUCGAUCGUCCCCGGAACCGUUUGAGGAAACAACGUUACGACCGUCCCUCUUCUCCCUUUCAUUGCCAGGCGUUUUAUUUUAAGUAUACGAAGUGUAUGCGGCUUGACAGCUAAAGAGAAUGCACUGUAUUGUCUGCUUGUAACGGCAUCGCCGUUGAAAUCAGCCAAGACACCUCGGUAACAUUGACCGAUGCCCGUCGCCGCCGAUAAGCUUAUCCAAUCGCAACGUGACAGAAUCGCGAUGACGAAAAUGGACGAAAUGGUUAUCCGGGUGCUGUACGGAAGCGAGACCGGAACCGCUCAAGACGUCGCCGAGCAGAUCUGGAAGAGCGCCAAAAGAAAAGGAUUGCGAAGCACCGUAUCAUCUUUGGAUGACUACGACAUUCAUAAUCUCCCUUCCGAACACCUAAUCGUCUUCGUUGUCGCAACGACUGGACAAGGAGAUCCUCCAGUCAACAUGAAACAGUUCUGGCGACAUUUGUUACGCAAGAACCUUCCAGCAACCGUGCUUCAAAAUCUCAACUACGGCGUACUUGGAUUGGGCGAUAGUUCAUAUUCAAAAUUCAACUUUGCUGCGAAGAAACUAAAUAAACGCCUUGCACAAUUAGGUGGCAAAGAGUUGCUGUCUAUUGGACUUGCUGAUGAUCAGCACAAUCUGGGAAUUGAUGCUGUGGUUGAUCCCUGGAUCAAAAAAUUGUGGGAAGAGAUUGUAAAUGUGUUCGACAUUUCGAUAGAAGAGAAAGUAAAUGAAGAAAAUUUAAUAAUUGAGAGAUAUAGCGUUUCUGUAAUAGAAAUGAAUCGAUUAAAUCCGAUAUGUAUUGACAAACAGUAUAUAGACAGUCCGUAUCAAUCAAAUACUGACAUCUAUGCACAAGAAACAUCCAUAAAUAGCGAUGUUAGAAUAGGAAUAAUAGCUGAAAAUAUAAGAACUACCUCCGAGGAUCACUUUCAAGAUGUUAGAUUGAUAACAAUCCAAGCGGAUAAUAUUAAAUACGAUCCCGGAGACGUUAUCUACAUUAGACCAAAGAAUACUGCAGAACAGGUAAAACGAUUUUUCGAUAUAUUACACGAACAUGACAUAAAACUGUUCCCAGAUACAGUGAUUCAAAUAUCGGAGAAAGAAAUAAAGGUUCCGUUCGUUUUAAAACGAAAUUUAACUUUAAGGGAGAUCGUUGAGCAAUACUGGGACCUGAACUUCAAGCCAAGAAGAUCUACCAUGUACACUUUAUCUCUUAUCAGCGAAAAUGAAUUGGAGAGAGAAAAACUGUGCGAAUUUGCCAGUCCGAUUGGGCAAGAAGAACUUUAUGAUUACAUAAACAGACCGAGAAGAAAUAUUUUGGAAGUUCUCACAGAUUUCCCUCACACGACCAGUAAAAUGAACAUUAAAUUACUGUUUGAAAUCAUGUCGCCAAUAAAGCCACGUCCUUACAGCAUUGCCUCCAGCCUAGCAGCUACUCCAAACAGCAUACAAGUCUUGGUAGCCGUAGUUAAAUUUAAAACUAGAUUGAUAGAGCCAAGAUUUGGGAUAUGUUCAAAGUGGCUGGCAAGUUUAAACAAUAACGACAAGGUGAUAUUUUGGCUGCAGAAGGGAACUUUCCGAUUUGAUAACGACAAGCCGAUGAUUUUGAUUGGUCCUGGAACUGGAGUGGCUCCGUUUAGAUCUUUGCUCUUGGAGAGAGCAAAGAAAGAGAAAGAGCUGAAAGAAUGCGUCCUGUUCUUUGGAUGCAGGAACGAGAAUAAGGAUUACCAUUGUAGGGGGGAUUUUGAACGUUUAUCGAGGGAGAAUAAUCUGAAAGUGUUCUGCGCGUUUUCCAGAGACCAGGAUCAUAAAACAUAUGUGCAACAUCUUAUCCGUCAACGGAGGGAGCUAUGCUGGCAAUUUUUAGAAAACAGUGGUAGUAUUUAUCUAGCGGGAAAUUCUAAAAAUAUGCCGGACAAUGUGCGCGACGAAUUUGUUAGUGUAGCGAAAGAAGUCGGUAAAAUGACGAAAGAGCAAGCAGAAACGUUUGUUAAGCAUUUAGAGAAGAGCAAUCGAUACCAAACGGAAACUUGGGACGGGGACGAGAUCUUAUUACCGAAGUCGCCGUCGAAGUCAAUAGCGUUUGAGGAAUCUCCCUCUUUAUCUUGCGUAGCGGAAAAAGAGAUCAACAAAGAAGGGAAAAUGGCGGGCACUUACACGAAGAAGGAAUUCGGUGUGGGGCCGGAGGAGCAGACUCUUCUCAAAGACUCCAAUGGGACCCGCAUCGUACCUUCGAAAGGUUCAGAACCUGUACGUCUUUCACCAGGAUGGGAAGGUACUGGUAGACCCGACGACGAAUUGAAUUUUAAAGGCGUCACAAUGGAUCAAGCAGAUCUUGAAUUGAAUCCUCCUAAAGAUAGAUUAAACUUAGUAUUUUUCAUAUUAAUACUUCAUGGAAUCGGUGCCUUGAUGCCAUGGAAUAUGUUUAUAACAGCGAAAGAUUAUUUUGUCAGUUACAAAUUGUCUAAGGAAUACACUGGUGUAGAUACAACCUCCUAUUCGACGAAUUUCCUUCCAUACCUGGGAUUUGCUUCACAAAUACCGAAUCUGUUGUUUAACUGGUUGAAUGUAUUUUUACAAUUGGGAGGAAACUUGACUACGCGCAUAGUAUGGAGUAUCUUUGUUCUGGUCUUGAUAUUUGUCUUCACUGUUGUCUUGGCAAUGACUGACAGUUCUGGUUGGCCCGACAUAUUCUUCUGGGUUACCAUGGUAUCUGUUGUUAUAUUAAAUACUGCCAAUGGCAUUUACCAGAACUCAGUGUUUGGAAUGGCAGCGAAAUUACCCAUUAAAUACACGGGCGCCGUUGUUUUAGGCACGAACAUCAGUGGAACUUUUACAGCCAUAAUAAGCUUCCUAGCUCAAAUAAUGGCUCCAAACGCGCGCACCGCCGCCAUAUAUUACUUCAUCACGGCUUUGUUCAUUCUCCUGGCUUGCUUUGACACAUACUUUGCACUUCCAAUUAACAGGUUUUAUCGAUAUCACGAGCUUCUUCAUCAGAAAGAGUCGAAUAAAAGACAAUUAGAGAAUAGUUCGAGAGGAAAGUAUAACCCAGCCUAUUGGACAGUGUUCAAAGCGUGUUUCCCACAAUGCUUCAACACAUUUUUAAUUUUCUUCGUAACUUUAUCGAUUUUCCCAUCUGUCCAAUCUGACAUACGUGCUUCAGAUGAUAAAUUUGUGAUUCCACCCGAGUAUUAUAGUAGUGUUAUGUGCUUUUUAACGUUCAAUAUCACUGCCAUGCUCGGAAGCUCAAUCGCGUCACUUGUUCAAUGGCCGAGCAAGAAGUAUCUGGUAAUUCCAGUGAUUCUACGAUUUGCUUACAUACCGUUGUUCUUGUUGUGCAAUUAUCAACCGACUGGCACGGAAAGAAUAUUACCAAUACUUAUAAAAAAUGAUUGGGUGUUUUGGGUAAUCGCUGUUACUAUGGGCCUUAGUAGCGGCUAUCUCUCAUCAUUAUCGAUGAUGUAUUGCCCCAGAAUGGUAGAUUCGCAAUACGCUUCGACGGCCGGCAUGUUUGGUGCCGCAUCUUUGAUCACGGGGAUUUUCACGGGAAUUCUAUUUUCUAUGGCGAUGCCUUUUCUCGUGGCCAACGUGACAUUCUGAUCGUUUCGAAGUUAAGAUUCAGCAUUGCCAUAUGCUUAUAUUAACUCAGGAGCUAGAACAAAGAUUUGGAGAUUAAGAGUGCACAGUUUAUCUUCCGCAAUUACAAAUUAAAAUAAUAUGAAAUAACAAUUUAAGAACUUGAAAAAAUAAUAUCGAAGAGGAAAGGUAAAGUUACUUUUAAGAACAGCGAAAGAGAGGGGGGAGGGAGGAAAAUAAUAUUUCAGAAACGGAAAGUUUACUUUCUUCGAUACAAAUAAGAGAAAUGUUUUGGAGGAUGCUCGUUUGCUUAUAUAUACGUUAAACACAUACAUAUAUAUAUAUCUAAUAUAAAAUUCCUUAAAUAACAGAUUAUAAAAACAAACUUUUAAUUAACUAAAAGCAGUUUGAAGUAAUGCGUGUUUUUUAUAAGUGUGUGGCUUGGAGUUUCUAUUGAUUAAUUAUUUUUUAAGUCCCGUUAAUAGGAGAAAUAGAUACAAAAGUAAAUUAAGACCAUGUAAAGUGCAUUAAUGAUACGAUCUGAUCGUCUUACAACAGAUUUGUAUAAGAGAUACCGGAAUCCAUGGUUUUACGAGGAUUAUAGUAACUAAUUUUACUACCGCCCCUAUUACUAAUACCGGACCAAUAAGCCUUAUUAAUAAAAGAAGCUGCGCGGCGCUUCAGUUUUCGUAUCGUUCGAAUAGAAAUAGAAUUGCUAAAUCAUUAAAUUUAUCCGAAAGAAUCACAUAUUUAAAUCUACAAUUCGUCGCGCGUUUAACGUUAACCGUAAUGUUGAUUUAUUACGAUUACAUUUAAGAGAGAAUGAAAACAUUUCACAAUAUAAAUAUGAAAUGUUCUCUCGUGCAGCGUUAAACACGCAACGAAAAUAUACCUUAAUAGAUAAGCAUUACAUCUUGAAAUAGAGUUUACGCUAAAGUUGUCAUGCUGAAUUUUCCUGCACAGAAUAUUUCAUUUUAUAUAAAUCUAAUUGUAGCAUAAAAUUAUUUUU